AGAUGGUACUAGUAAGUAAUACUUGCGACCAUGUGACUGUGAUUUCAUCUUCAUUGCCAUUUGUAUAUUAUUAAGAAGAUAAUGAGUCCGAUGAAUAUUUUCGGUACAUAAACAGAGUGCGGUAAAAUAAAGGACUCAUUUUGUUUUAAAUCACGCAUCAAUCAUCUACAGUUCACGUUACUUACAAUUCACUCUAUUUUGCUCAACUAUACCACAAAAAUAAAAAUGUUGCACAAAACAAUGAUUUCAAUAGUUAUUUUUACACUUGUCAGUUGUACGCGUUACGCGUUGUACGCCUUGUACCAGGCAAGAGUCAUUGGAAUUUCAUGAGCGCUGUGCUUCGAGCAAUGACGGACAAUGGACACAACGUUACAGUUUUUACACCAUUUCUAGAUGGUAAUCGAGAAAACUAUACAGAAAUAGAUAUGUCCAAUAUAUAUCCCAUGAAACUUAAUAUGAGUAUAGUAAGAAUGAGAAGAAUCUUCAACAAUUGGUUCACGCCAAUAUCUUUCAUGAUGAAAAAUUAUGGUAGACAAAGCUGUGAAAUAUUGCACAACAACGAUCAACUAAAUGAUGUUUGGGAAAACAAAUUACAAACCGUUUCUGAUGCAAUUGUCAUUGAACCUGGAAUAGCGUCAGGUUGACUAUCUUACCUCGGAGCAAACUCAAAUUUACCAGUUAUAUACACGACUCCAAUUCCAAUAAAUACUUAUACUGAACGUAUUACCUGCGGCGAUAUCAGUAACCCAGCAACGGUAUCACCAAUGUUAUCUAAUUUUGCUUUUCCUAAAACGCUUACUCAACGRUUCAUUAAUACACUUAUUUGGUUGUACACCAGUAUAAUAGUUAGAUUUCAAGAAUUCUUACUAAAACUAUACUAUUCAAAACCUUACGAUGAAGACAUGAUAAAUCCUCCAUCUUUGGUAUUUAUGAACACUCAUUUCAUAAGCGAUAAGUCUAGAGUCUAGAACUCUAAUUUUGUAUUUUUUUUUCAUGUUUUUGAUUAAAUAAAUUAAAGAAAUAUUAAAACUGCUCUA